AUGUACGGAAAAAUAGUUAUAAUUGUGGCGCUCGUCCACGCAGCAUCAGCUCUAUGGCAAUGCACGAAUGAUAGUGAUUGUUCGAGUCGCAAUGGUAGUAUAUGUGUAGAAGGUACUUGCAAGUGUCCCACGGGACGAGAACCGGGGAGGGGAGGGAUGGAUUGUAUUAGGGUGGCACCAUAUUAUUCAUCGCCGUGCGUGGACACAACUCAAUGUUCCAGACUAUUUAGUAACUAUGAAUGUAGACAAGUAACUAAUUCAACAAUUUCAAUCUGCGCUUGUCUCCCCGGCACUCAUUAUUUCCUCGGUCGUUGUUGGAACACAAAAUCUUUUGGCGAAUCUUGUACAAGGGAUGAAGAAUGUCUAUCAACCCCUAGAGACCCGUUCAGUUUAAAAUGUGAUGGGGUGUGUGUGUGUUCUGAUGGGUACUAUGAACGGCAGAGGGGGGAGUGUAGGAAGAUUGGAAAAGCGGUCGGCGAUGGUUGUGUGGUAGACUCUGACUGUCAGUUCACAGGAGGCGCUUGUAAUAUUAACACGUUUUCUUGUGUUGAUAGUACUGUGCCACAAUCUAAGGUUCUAGAACGUAUAGAACAGCACACACUCGAUGUAGAACACUCAAUGACAGACCGCACAGUACAAGCAGUACACGAUACAGCAUGCAACGCAAGUGCUGCGUGUCCGUCACCGCAGCUGUGCGUUGAUAGAACGUGCGUUUGCCCGGUUGGAUUUUAUAUGUCUGACGAUAAGUGUUAUGCAGAAUUAGGAACGCCAUCCACCCCUGAGCAAUGUGGUGGUCUCUUAGCGACUGUUAUAGAUGGUGUAUGUGCAUGUCCCCCUAACUUCUUUUAUAAUGUUAAUAUGAGGGACUGUAUUAAAGUGACACGCCGAAUCACCGAUUCUUGUGUUAUCGACGCAAACUGUCACACAUUCGGGGCGGAGUCCCGCUGUGGGGCGCCACGGGAGCCCUGGGGCUUCCGCACUUGCGAGUGUAUCACUGAGAACGCAGUGUGGGACAGUAGUAGGAAUAUGUGCAGGCUGUUCGCUGGUGUUGGUGAAACAUGUUCAAUAGACAGUGACUGUAUGGCCGGGGAGGUCGAAAUCAACUGUGUCUUGAAUGAUGAGGGUGUUGGUUAUUGUAGGUGCCCAGCGCAUUUGACUGAGAUUAAUGGAUUGUGCUUGAAUAUGGGACUUGAAUUGGGUGACAGCUGUCAGUCAAAUCUAGAAUGUACUGGAACAGCGAACACCGCUUGUGUUAGUGGUAAAUGUGACUGCGCUGAAGGUUUCCAAUUGGAAGGCGAACAGUGUGCGCCUGUUAUCGGAGGGCCCUGCACAUACGAUACAGACUGUGUUAUAGAUAACACAAUUUGCAAGGACAAUAAUGGCGUCUCCACUUGUCAGUGUGAUCAACAAUAUGUUGCUUAUGAUCAGCAGUGUUGGACAAUAUCCCCCGGCUUCAAUUCAUCAUGUACUAUAACAGAACAAUGUAGAGCAUCCAUGGGAGAUGCGGGUACUUGUGUGGAUGGUUCUUGUAUGUGUUCUAGCGGGUACCACUUUAGGGAUGGUCAGUGUUGGCAGAUUACAGGUCUAUUCCAAACAUGUUCUCGUUCCAGCCAAUGUUAUUUGCAAGGAAUGAGCGAUGUAGUUGUCUGUAGAAAUGGCAGGUGUCAAUGUGACUUUGACCAUCCUUAUUCUGAUGAAUUGCAGACUUGCACAUCAUCUGCAUCCUCUAUUAGCGCCAGCAUCUUUGUAAUAGCUGCUGCUGUGUUUACUUUUAUAAGAAAUUAAUGUAUUUAUUAAAUAAAUAAAUUAUUUUAAAAUAUGCUGUU